AUUGUCAGUUUUGUGCAAAUCUACUAUUCAACAUUAUGUUUACAAUAGCAAGUAGAAAAAAAAAUUAGUAUUAAGAGUUUCUUCCUUAAAUUUUACGAUAGUUUGGAGAUAUCUAUAUUGACAUUUUCUUCCCACUUAAACAGAGUCAACUUGGAGAUAGUAAUACUUAACUGUUAAAGAAAGACUUAUAUACUAAAAGCAUUGACUUGACUUGAUGCAUAUGCAGGAGUGGACUUAGAAUAUUGUACAAUUCAAGAAAAUUCAAAAUUUUUGAAGCCAUGGCACCUCUUAUUCUCAUCAUCCUGCUAAUUCGUCUCAACCUUCAAGUAUAUUCACAAGACUUGUUUUCUGAGCAGGCUAUUCUUUUGAGCUUGAAACAGCAUUGGGACACUCCCUCUUCUCUUCGUUGGUGGAAUUCGACCUCAUCCUUAUGUGAUUGGCCAGAAGUCGAAUGCGCCUUUGGUAAAGUCGCCGGCCUGAAAUUAGCAGAAAGAAACAUAAAAGGAACAAUCCCAUCAACAAUAUGUCUGCUCAAAAACCUCGUUUUGAUCAACCUGUCUCAAAAUUUCUUGUAUGGAGACAUACCUGCCAGCCUAUACAACUGCUCAAAACUUGUGAGGUUGGACCUGUCCAUGAACCAACUGUCUGGGACGAUCCCAGGUGAGCUUCUGUUGCAUAAAAGGCUAAGCCAUUUAUGGCUGCAUGGAAACAGAUUGAUCGGGGCGAUACCCACGCCUAUAGAAGCAGUAAGGUUAGAAGUUCUUGAUCUCUCUCAAAAUUACUUGCAUGGAUCGAUCCCCAAUGAUAUAAAGAAUUUGUUCAAACUCACAUCAUUGGAUCUGUCGAUGAAUUUGCUUGAUGGGGAUGUAAAAGAUACGAUUCCUUUGAAGUCGAUGAGUGUACUCAAGCUCUGCUCUAACAAGUUCUCAGGGAAGGUACCAUAUGAAUUAGUGAAUCGGUUCUUUCAUGAGAAUUGCUUUGAUCUUUCCAACCUCUGUUCUGACAACGAGACAACUCGUCUACCUAGUUGCCCUCCAAGCUUGUGCUCUGCUAAAAUAAUUCGAAAAUAUCUGAUAUGUCAAUCCAAACAUGAUGAAUCAGAGAGGCAUUUUAUGAUAAUGACAGUAUGGGCAGUUGGUUGUUGGGUGGUAGGAUUUGCAAUACUUUUCUACUUGGUAAGAAGAUGGUGGCUCAAGAGGCGUGAGGCCAUAGCUUCAAGACGCGAGCAAAUCUGGCCAGCCAGUCCUUCUGUGAGUGAAGAAGACGAAUGGAAGAUGAUUACAUUUGAGAGGCUGCAGUUCAAUAAAACAGAAAUCUUGUCAAGUCUGACAGAUGAAAACCUCAUCGGGUAUGGAGGAUCGGGAAAAGUGUAUCGAGUUUACAUUAAUGAAGGAAGCAAUGUUGUUGCUGUCAAGAGUAUAGUGAAUCCCAGAAAAUCAGACUGCGGCCUCGAGAAGGAAUUCCUGGCAGAGAUCAAGACACUGGGGACCAUAUGGCACAACAACAUAGUAAAGCUUUUAUGCUAUCUCUCAAGCAAAGAAUUGAAGCUUCUUGUCUACCAAUAUGUCGAGAACAAGAGCCUUCAUCAGUGGCUGCAUGGAAAAAACAAGGAGAUAUCACCCGUUGGUAGUAGUUCAGUCACCAAAUUGGAGUGGCCGAUGAGGCUGCAUAUCGCCAUUGGAGCAGCACAAGGACUGUGCUAUAUGCACCACGACUGCUCCCCGACUAUCAUACACCGGGAUAUCAAGUCGAGGAACAUAUUACUGGACUCGGAACUCAAUGCAAAAAUAGCAGAUUUUGGACUAUCAAAAUUGCUUAACAGGCAUGGUGAUACAGAAACAGCAUCAAACAUAGCUGGAACUUUUGGCUACAUUGCCCCUGAGUAUGCCUACACAUCUAAAGUGAACCUAAAGACCGAUGUUUAUAGCUUCGGAGUGGUUUUACUUGAAUUGACUACAGGAAGAGAGGCUGUUACUUAUGGAGAUCAUCUGAGCCUAGCAGAAAGGGCACACCUACACUACAGAGAUACAAACGCCGUUGUUGAUGCAGUGGAUGAUGAGAUCAAGAACUCGAUCUACAUGGACCAAAUAAUAAGUGUUUUUCGACUAGGAGUCAUCUGUACUGCUACAUCACCUUCUAAUAGGCCAUCCAUGAAGGAUUGUUUGCACAUUCUACAGAAUUUGCAGAAAUGAUUCACCUGAUCUUCUACUAGUCCAAUGAUUUUCAAGCUAAAUGUAAAAAUUCCUAAGUUGUAUGUAUCAUUACCAAAUCAUGCCUUUACCUGAACUGCAACAUUGUUUAAUAAAAGGCCAACUUGUGGUGAAAACAUUACCUGAAA